GUUUCCAUAAAGCACAGAUCGAGGAUCAGUGUACCCUGUCCAUAUCCACCUUGAUGAGCAAGAGGUAAAAUAGCUCAACUGACUUGCAAUCAGUACAACUUUACGCAAAAACAAAUAAUGUUCCAGGCAAGAUAAAUUGCUCUGAUGUUGCUUUCCACUCCAGGCAUACGAGUAGAUCACAGAACAUCCAAUCGAGCAAAAAUGGCGGAUAACAAGGAUCCUUUCAAACAGAUGAAGGAUCUCAACCAGCUCAAGAAUCAGCUGGAAGACAUCCAGAAACGUGUGGAGAGUGAAUUUGCAGAAGGAAUCCCGCAGGGGGGCUCUGUGCUGGCAUCUCCCUUCCUGAAGGGCUUCCUGGCUGGCUAUAUGGUGGCCAAGCUCCGCUCCUCAGCUCUCAUAGGAGUGCUACUGGGAACAUUCACAGGCAUCUACGCUGCACAGAACUAUCAGGUUCCCAACAUCGAAAGCACCCUGAAAGACUAUAUGAGUUUGUUUAGAAAAGGACCCAAGUAAUGGGCAGAACCAGGCCUAGGCUUCAUCUUCUAACUGCCUGAGGUGUGUGGCACAAUCACCAUGUCUCUUUGUCAGAGGCUCAAACCUCUCCUUUGUAUACUGUAAAAAAUAUUUGGUUUUAACUGGAUUUUGGUGUGAAAGAGUGAGUUUGCUUUGGGUUUUGUGCAAAUGUUAAACGGUAAAUCUGUCAGUGCCCUGGGAAAAUCUAUUUUAUUCUCUGCUGAUCAGAUUAUAAAGUGUGUAAAAGGGGAUAAGGUUAUGUGCCUUGAGUGUAAGCUUACAUUGCAGGGGUGUUUGACUGCUUGCCUUAGUAACAUUGCCUGGUGCAGCCAUCUAGGCCUAAUUGAUUUUGAAUCAAUGAUGUGAACAACAAGACAGUGUUCUUUUUUUGUUUUCUGAGCAGAAAUAACUUUUUUACCAUCUUAAAAUACAAACAUACCUUGAAUAGAUUUGGCCAAAAUUA